AUGUGGUUUCUCAAAAAUACUUUCGGAAUUAUAACACUUCAAGUUGGUAUCAUUUGCUUCAGUGCGGUUUUUAUUACUUUGGCAGCAUGUAUUUUACUAGUUAAUGUGUUGUCUCUAGAAAAUGAAGAACCAAUGGCCUGGAUUAUCAUGUUUGUGUUUAUUUUUAGUAUGACCAUAAUAUGGUCGAUAGCUUUUGUUGGUGCUUACAAAGAACAACAAAAUUUAAUUUCUAAGGCUACGAUAUGUUGGGCAAUUUAUUUUGUACUAUGGAAUGUGUUAGUCAUAUGGUCAUUUAUUGAACAAAACAAGAACAUUUGUAUUGGAGCUAGAUGUCCAAAUGCGUUAUGGCUAAUAAAUAAUUCGUGGCACGAAUUAAAAUAUAGUGUGAAUGAAAACAUUAAAUUAAAUAAUUAUAAAAGAUUAGAGUUGACUACAGUUAAACAGUUAAUCGAACAAAUGAAAACUAAUAAUGAAGUUAAUACUAAACUUCACGAGACACGUGUGACACUAGAAGAGCAACGGAAUAUAAUUUUAUCUGUAAUAUUAAUGUUUGCGUAUACAAUUAUAUUACUAUAUUCAUGGAUGAAUUUGAUCAGUUAUUUAAAAGAAAUUCAGCGCAAGAUAAAUUCACAAAUACAAUGA